UGUCACUGGGAGACCAUCCACUUAAAUGCAGCUCCAGGGUUGUGAGGCACCCACCAGCAUCACUCCCUGGGCGAGGUGGCAAAUGCAACAUGCUCUCCAGCUUGGGGUGUCUACUUCUCUGUGGAAGUAUUGCACUUGCCCUGGGAAAUGCACAGAAAUUGCCAAAAGGUAAAAAGCCAAGCCUUAAAGUCCACAUCAAUACCACCAGUGAUUCCAUCCUCUUGAAGUUUCUACGUCCAAACCCAAAUGUAAAGCUUGAAGGAUUUCUCCUGGGAUAUGGCAGCAACGUAUCUCCAAACCAGUACUUUCCUCUUCCCACUGAAGGGAAAUAUGCGGAAGCUGUAGUUGAUGCAGAACCCAAAUAUCUGAUAGUUGUACGACCUGCUCCCCCUCCAAGUCAAAAGAAGUCAUGCUCAGGUAAAAGUCGUUCUCGCAAACCUCUCCAGCUGGUGGUUGGCACUCUGACACCAAGCUCAGUCUUCCUGUCCUGGGGUUUCCUCAUUAAUCCACACCAUGACUGGACGUUGCCAAGUCACUGUCCCAAUGACAGAUUUUACACAAUUCGCUAUAGAGAAAAGGAUAAGGAAAAGAAAUGGAUUUUUCAACUCUGUCCAGCCACUGAAACAAUUGUGGAAAAUCUAAAGCCCAACACAGUUUAUGAAUUUGGAGUAAAAGACAAUGUAGAAGGGGGAAUUUGGAGUAAGAUUUUCAAUCACAAGACUAUUGUUGGAAGUAAAAACAAAGUGAAUGGGAAAAUCCAGAGUACAUAUGACCAAGUCCACACAGUGCCAGCUUAUGUCCCAAAGAAACUGAUUCCAAUAACAAUCAUCAAGCAAGUGAUUCAGAAUGUUACUCAUAAGGCUUCAACUAAAUCCCCAGAUAAGACUCCCUAUGGAGGACCAAUACUAGUUCACCUUAUUAUACCAGGUCCUAAUGACACCACUGUAAAACUUCCUACAUCCAUAAUGUUUGAGAUUUCAGAUGCAAUCAAGACACAAUUGGCCAAGAAUGAAACUUUGGCAUUACCUGCUGAAUCAAAAACACCAGAAGUUGAAAAAAUUCCAGCACAACCCAUAACAGUGACUCCUGAAACAGUUCCAAGACCCAUUAAACCCACUGUGUCUAGUGAAGUAGAUGUUUCAGAAACAACACUAGUUCCCAGUGAAAGGACUCCAGAAUCAUUGCACACUAUUCUAAUGCCUAAGUUUGAAUUGCCACUGAGCACUCUAGCUCCAAAAAGUCUUCCAGAGUUUCCUGAGGCAAAAACACCCUUCCCUUUUGAGAAACCAUGGGGUACUUUGGCUGCAAGUGAAAAGCCACUGAUGGUACCUACAGCUAAACCAUCUGAAGAUUACAAAGUUGUUCAACCUCAAACUGCAACUUACGAUGUUUUCUCAAGUCCUACCACUUCAGAUGAGACUGAAAGAUCAGAGGUCCACACAGCAACAAGUGAUUCUAUUCUGGAUUCUGUCCCACCUAAAACUUCUAGAACUCUUGAACAGCCAAGGGCAACACUGGCUGCAGGUGAAACACCAUUUUUUCCUCAAAAAGUGGAAACCUUUACCAGCCCUGAAAUACAACCUACAACACCUGCUCCCCAGCGAACUACAUCUAUCCCUUCUACACCUAAACGACGCCCUAGACCCCAAACACCAAGAACUAAGCCUGCACCAGAACCUCAGACUCUUCCACCAUCACAGGCAACCAAAGCUCCACCAAAGACCAAAAGACCAGGUCGCCGCCCCCGCCCUAAAACCACACGCAGUCCAGAUGUACCCAAGUCUAAACCUGCUCUGGAACCAGCCACAGUACAGCCGGAGCUCUUGGUUCCCACAAUCGCACCAAAAUCAACCAAGAGACCUAAAACCACACGCAGACCAGAUGUACCACAAAUCCAGCCUGAUUCAAAACCACCAAAGCAAUUACUUCCUAAACCCAAAACCUCAGCAAAACCAGACAUCUCACCAACUAAAUCUGUCUUUGAGCCUGUUACAGUUGAGACUGAAGCUCCCUCUACAACCAUAGCUACUACCACAGAUAUUGAACCUAUAAUUCUGAAAACUGAGGCUCCUGUGACAACAUUAGCUCCAAAAAAACCACAGCGAGCAAGAACUCGUCGUCCUCGUCCCAAACAAAAAACCACUCCAAGUCCAAAAAUACCUCAGACUAAACCAGACUUUGGACUUGUGACUCCUGGGCCAUCUUUAGUUCCUGCCACGAUCCUUGAACCGGUUAUUCUUAGGACUAAGGCUCCAGGGACAACACUAGCUCCCAAAGUACCUCAACGAACACGCCGUCCUCGUCCCAAACCUAAAACUACACGGAGUCCUGAAGCACCUCAGACAGAACUGGUUCCUACCACAGUCUUUGAACCAAUUACACCUGUAAAAGAGGCCCCAGGAGCAGAAUUCGUUCCCGUUACAGACCUUGAACCUGUUACUUUUACAACUGAGACCCCUGGGACAACACUAGCACCCAAAAUAUCACAGAGAACCCGGCGUCCACGACCCAGGCCCAAAACCACACCAAGCUCUCAAGUGCCUCAGACAAAACCGGUUCCUGCCAUAGCCCUUGAACCUGAGGCCCCACAAACAACAUUAGCUCCCAAAACAUCACAAUGGAUAACUCAUCCACAUCCCAAACCAAAAUCCAUGCCAACUCCUGAAGCACCUGAGUCCAAACCAGUUCCUACUGCAGAUCUUGAACCUGUGACACUCAAAACUGAGACGUGGGUGACAACAGAAGCUCCCAAAACAUCAAAACGAACCCGUCGCCCACGUCCCAAACCUAAAACCACACCAAGUCCUAAGGCUCCUCAAACAAAACCGGUUCCUGCUACAGAUCUUGAACCUGGUACUCUUAGAACUGAAGCUCCAGAAAUCAUGGUUCUUGCUACAGUCCUCGAACCUGUCACUCUUAGAACCAAGGCUCCAGAAACAACGUUGGCUCCUAAAAUACAACGAACCCGUCGUCCACGUCCCAGACCUAAAACCACAUCAAGUCCUGCAGAAUCCCUGACCAAGCCCGUUACUGUUCCAGGCUUUGAAUCUGAUAUUCAUAGUUCUGAGGCUCCAGGAACAACAUUAGCUCCCACUGAACUACAGACUCUUACUUUGAAACCAGUGACAUCACCAAGCCUAGAAAUGACACAAAGUCAACUGGUUUCUGAUGUUCUGGAAUCGCUUACAUUUAGCCCUGAGCCAUCAAAGGAGACCGUAGUUGUGGAGUCUAUUACAUAUGUGUCUGAACCUCCUGUGACCACAUUAGAAACGUCAUCUCUGCCUUCCCAAACUAUAAUCCCACCCAGCCCUGAUGAGCCUCAGACUGAACCUGCUCCCUGGCAGACACCGCGUGCUCCUCCCAAGCCAAAAACAUCACCACGCCCAAGAAUCCCACAAACACAACCAGUUCCUAAGGGGACCCAGCGUGCUACUUCAAAACCCAAACUGUCACCAAGUCCAGAAGCAUCAUACACUACACCUGUUGCAAAAGAUGCACUCCUUCCCCAUAAACCAGAACCGGAGGUUUCUCAGCGUGAACCUGUUCUACAACCUGUUACCUUUAGAAUCGAGCCACCAGAGACAACAAUAGCUCCUUUAGAGACACGAGGCAUACCUUUUAUACCUAUGAUUUCACCAAGUCCUAGUCAAGAGGAACUGCAAACCACCCUAGAAGAAACAGACCAGUCCACCCAAGAGCUCUUCACAACUAAGAUUCCAAGAACAACUGAAUGGGCAAAGACAACUCAGGCACCACAUAGAUUGUACACUACUCCUGUGAGACCCAGGAUACCUGACAAACCACACAUCAGACCAGUUCUGAAUAGGACAAGACCCAUUAGACCCAAACCCAGUGGGAUACCCAGCAGGAAUGGAGUGGGAACAGGGACCAAGCAAGCACCCAAACCAUCAGGUGCUGGUAGAAAUGUGUCAGUGGACCUCACCCACUCCACAAAAAAACCAGGGACUCGCCUCCCAGGCUUACCACAUAGACCUGUGCCUCCACGGAGAAAACCUCUACCACCAAAUAAUGUCACCGGGAAACCAGGAAGCACAGGAAUCAUCUCAUCAGGUCGAGUAACUUUUCCACCCCCGAGAGCAACACUCAAACCUACUGGAAUCCCCUCAGAGAAACCGGAGACAGACAAAAAGCAGCCAACUGUUCCUGCCUCCGGAGAAGAGCUUGGCAACACAACUGACUUUAGCUCAAGCCCAACAAGAGAAACAGAUCAUCUUGGGAAGCCCAGAUUCAAAGGUCCUCACGUGCGAUACAUCCAAAAGCCAGACAACAGGCCCUGCUCCAUCACCGACUCCGUCAAACGGUUCCCCACGGAGGAAGCCAUGGAGGGGAAUGCCACCAGCCCACCACAGAACCCACCCACCAACCUCACUGUGGUCACUGUGGAGGGCUGCCCCUCAUUUGUCAUCUUGGACUGGGAAAAGCCACUAAAUGACACAGUAACUGAAUAUGAAGUUAUAUCCAGAGAAAAUGGGUCAUUCAGUGGGAAGAACAAGUCCAUUCAAGUUACAAAUCAAACCUUCUCUACGGUAGAAAAUCUGAAACCAGACACAAGCUAUGAAUUCCAGGUGAAACCCAAAAACCCGCUUGGUGAAGGCCCAGUCAGCAACACAGUGGCAUUCAGUACUGAAUCAGCGGACCCGAGAGUGAGUGAGCCAGUUUCUGCAGGAAGAGAUGCCAUCUGGACUGAAAGACCCUUUAACUCAGACUCUUACUCAGAAUGUAAGGGCAAACAGUAUGUCAAAAGAACAUGGUAUAAAAAAUUUGUUGGAGUGCAGCUAUGCAACUCUCUAAGAUACAAGAUUUAUUUGAGCGACUCCCUCACAGGAAAAUUUUAUAACAUUGGUGAUCAAAGGGGCCAUGGAGAAGAUCACUGCCAGUUUGUAGACUCGUUUUUAGAUGGACGCACAGGACAGCAACUCACUUCUGACCAGUUACCCACAAAGGAAGGUUAUUUCAGAGCAGUUCGCCAGGAACCUGUUCAAUUUGGAGAAAUAGGGGGCCACACCCAAAUCACUUACGUCCAGUGGUAUGAAUGUGGGACUACAAUUCCUGGAAAAUGGUAGAUGCUGCAAUCAUGCUCCAAAGUACUUCUGGUUCAUUACAGAAAACAAAAUAUCGUUGGAAAUACUAUGGUAUUUGUCACAUUCAUUUAUAAAGCUAUUUUGUUUACUAUGUAUAAAAGUCUGCAAUCUAAUAGCAAUAUUAGAUGUUUAUUAUUAGAAAAGAUUGCUGAGAAUAUUUAUCAGGUUUUACAAAGUCAUUUUAAGAAAGCAAGAUAUUGACAUUAACAAUAACAUUUUUAGGGAAGCUGGCUCCCUAUGCAUGGUAUUUUAAAAGAUCAUUUGUAUAUUAUUUAUCACACUGUUGUAAUGAUGUUUUGAGAUACUUUUAUAACAAAAUUAACAUCAAAAAACUUAUAAUAUACUUUAAAAAUGUUUCCUUUUAUUAAUGUGUAUGCUUCCUAUUGGUGAGUUACUUCCAUGAAACUCUACUUAGUUUAACUUAUUGGAUCAAAUUAUCUUUAGGGGGAAAAAUUGUAUCUGAAGGAAAAAGGUUGUACUAUUCACAUUUAUUUAAACUUCAUUUUUUACUAUGAGUUGAAAAGAUUUUCUGAAUACUUUCCUGUUAAUAUAAUUUUCAUAAAUUAUCUGCAAAUUAUUGAAAAAAAUUUCAUCUGAAUCAGUAAAUUUCAUUCAGCUAAAAAUGGAGUUGAAAAAUCUAAUUAUACACUUUCAAAAGAAAGUUGUUAGUAUCUGAAUAUACUGUCAAAUUAUUCCUUUUAAGCAAUUGUCUAUUUUUAGGAUUUUAUUUGAACUGUAUGCUGAGACUGUAUGUGAAGUCUGAGCAUGAAAAGAUUAUGUAUGAUGACAUUGCUACCAUUUUACAGACUAUCUGCUAUAUAUUUAUGCUAGUCCUCUAGAAUGAAUCACAGGGUGUUUUUGUAAUACUGUUUAACUCAAGCUGCAAUGAAAAUCUAACACAUUUUCAUUAGAAGGUAUUGCUUUCUUUCAUGCUGGGGAUGGGAAUGCUGCAUCAUUACCCUCAUUCUGAAAUGCCCUUUCUGUGUGCUUACUUUUCAACAUGCUUCAAUCUUAUCAGUGCUACAUUCUAUAUUUUUCAAACAAGUAUAAAUUCUUCAAUAAAGAGAUGUAGUUUUUUUUAAGACUGAGUUUUU